GUGCAUGAUUUACUGGGUCCAUGUCCUACACUAUAUCUCGCCUGCCUUCUUUACAGGUGCAUAAGCAUGUAGUGCUGGACGAACUGGGGCACUUUGAGGAAGAGGUUGGACAGCUCCAUCCAUUGACGUUUCGUUUGGAAGUUCUAGAGAAUGUCUUCUCACUUCUCUUUGUAACCCACGUCAACCUACGAAGAGAGGCGAGUGAUGAUGAAGAUGCCACUGAUGCGGAAGAUGAUGCCAGAAGCGAUGAGCAUCAUUCAGGUCAUUCACCCGUGGAGGUGUCAGUGACCCCAGAUGCACAUGACACAGAAUCGGAUGGCGACAUUCCUAAAAACAACACCGAAAAUCAGACUGCUAGCGUCUAUGUGUCAGCAUCCAGCAGUGUAGUCAAGGAGACAAGCGACUCGCUCUCAGGCAAAGGCAGCACAGCCAGCAGCAAUGCGGCCACUUGGAUGGCUACAGGCUUUGUGGGGUUCUUGUGCCCUCCUUUCCUGGUGCCCAGCAUGCUGGCCUCUCUGUCCACUGCUGUUCUGGCCACACAGGCAGAGCUGUUCAACCGGUCAGCUCAGAGAACAGCCACGGCUUCAGGUGGUGGAGACUCGCUACCUCAGGAGCCUCCUGUGUCAUCCUCAGUCAGCUGGGAAGAGCUUCCUUCUCGGUUGGACCAGCUGCGCAAACAUGUAGUUGAAGCCCAGUGGCGGUAUGAGCUGGUCACUUCUUCAGAACCAGCGCCAGAAGUGGACCCACCUGUGUCACAUCUCAGUCCUCUUGACAUCCUCCAAAGCCCCAAAGGUAGCCCAGUGCAGCAUAAAGCCAGAAGGAAGCCCAAAAAGCGACGGCGCCGAUCCUCACUCAUGUUGCAGCGAGGUGACUGCACUGUUAUAGAAAAAAUGCUGGCCAGCUUUGAAGCUUUGCUGAAACACUGUCUUUGGCAUGGAAAUUACGAGAAGGCUGAGCAAGUGGUUCAGGUUCUUAAGCUUGAGGGAACUCACGAUGCCCAGGAGCUCCAGUUCAGCCGUCACUUGGAAGAGGUCACUGGAAAUCUCGCCAAUAUCUCCACUCCUGCCAACCGCUCAGCUUAUUGCACUUUGCCCAUUCCUACUUCCGUCAUUGGCCAGGCUGCACGAGAAGGCCUGCACCUUACCAUGGCCACUGCUCUGGUCGAUCGACAUCUCUGCUCUGAUGGAGUGCCCACCAUACCCGAAGCUGAGCUCCUGAUCCGCAACAGGUCCGGCUCAUUCAGCACCAGCUCAGAGGGCUUGACCGCCGGAAACGGCCAUCUAAACAUUGCUGGUGGAAACAUAGUUGCGCGUAACUUUGCGCAGGAAUACGGUAGUGGUGGCCCUCACGUUGCAGCUGUAGCAGACUUGGCACUCACUGCUGAUGUUCCUCGUGAUGUGGCAGAGCGUUUACUGGCGCUUGCGGUCAGCAAGCGUGAAACUGAGACGUCGGGAAACUUGCACGGCCGAGUUCCACGCCUGACAACUACUUUGGAAGCACUGCGGCGGUUCCUUCAGGAAGCCAAUGAAGACGACGGCAUUGUCGGUGCUGUAGGGUGCUGCUCAAAAGAUGAGGAGGCAUCGCUCAAGACAUUGCUUGUCGGAUUCGUGGAUGAGUUUGAUGCGGAGAAACUGCAUAAGCAGCGAGCAGCAUGGCAUCAGAUAGAAUCCCUGUACCAUAAGGUACCUGUGCCUUUCAUAUUCUUGUUCUCUUUUGCAGUUUGGCUCUCUGUAAGCUUGGACCAUCACACUUCACAGUGUAACUUGCUGACAAAAUGUUGUUGCACAACUUCUAUGUCACCUAGUUUCAAGCAGCUGAAGCUUGAUUUUGCAUACUGCUCUUUUCUUUUCUUUCUUUUAAUGUAUAGUACCUGGAGUAGUAGUACUACAAUUAUAUAAGGGUAGUUUGCUAGUACCUGCAAAGCUUUGGAAACCAUAUUCUUCUGACAAAAUUUUAAUGUGUCAUGACCAUGCACUGAAGUACGGGGCUUAUUCGUUCACCAGGCAAUGUGGCUUAAUUGUUAAGUAAAAAUAAUUGUUCUCUGGCAAUGUUUUCCAAAAAUGCUGAACAUACACUGGCUAACCUUGGAGGCAGCAUAAUCAAAGACACGAGGGGUUCAUCUUGGUGCCAUUGCAUGAUGUAUGUCCUUGCAUUGGUAGUAAUGUGAUAGAGACACCAUGAAUGACAAAAUAAGUCUGGCAUUCAAUCACAUGCUUUGCACAUAGAACUGUAGUUGUGCUGUUUUGUUACUGGUGGACUUUUGUCAGUGGUGGCGCAAUAACUGCUGUGGUAGAGACAUAUAUCAAUCAUAAGGCAGCAUCAUAAUAUAAAGGUCGUAAAGAGUUAGUUUAGGGUAUUGUGUGCUAAAAUUACAAUCUAAUUGUGAGGCACGCUGUAUGGGGGGGGGGGGGACUCCAGAUAAAUUUUAACCAUCUUGGGAUUCUUUAAAGCGUACUUAAAUUUAAGUACACGAUCGUUUCUGCAUUUGGCACCAUCCCACCGCAGUCAAGAUCGAACCCGUUAUCUCGAGCUCAGCAGCAGGUGUAGAGCUGGUAGGCACUAUCAGCAGAUCAUAAGGACAUAAUAUAGUUCACGGAUAACCAUGCAAGGGAGAGGAAGUUUCUGUCAAUGUCGAUGAAUAAUCAUUGAAUGAUGGGACGCCACAAUACUACAGCAUUACAGUCACUCGGAUGUAGCAUGAUGACCUGUGAGAUUAUUAUUAUUUUUUAAAAGCAAAACUUUUCUUUGCGAACUUCGUUGUGUUUUCGUGACCGUGGGAGCUGCAGCCUGGCUGUUCCCUGCCGACUAGGCCAACCAGUCAAAGUGGAGCGUGUGCACCGGUGGGUUACUUGCAACGCCACCAGAUGGCGCUCGCCUCCGUACAUCCGCGGCAGCAGUGGCGCUGGCCGUACGGGGGAAACAAAAAAAAAGAACCAGAAAGCUUGCCUUGACGCAUCCAAGACUGCGCGGAAAUGAGGAAGUAGACACUUGUUGUGGAUAGAAUGGAUUUGAAUUGCACUAUGUGCAUGUGUGCAUGCUGCCUCUGAAACCAUGACGCGUUCAAGGCAUUCGUCGUACUAGCUAGUAGUCAGCAACUCCGCUUAACAAAAGGCUCGGUACACCAAGCUUCGUUGUAUAUGAAUUCCAACUCGUUGGACUUGCUGCAUUUUUUUACUGUGUAUUUUUACUUUGACAUCCUCUGUAAAGUAUCCUAAUCCUGUACUAAUCAGCAUGGUUUCUGCUCUCACCUAUUGUGUACUACACAAUUAGCAGAAUUCAUUCAUUAUACUGCUCUGGGCCGCAACCAAUUUUUGCAGAUUGGCGCGAUUUUCCUGGACUUGUGAAAUGCGUUUGACAUUGUGUCACACAAUCUGCUGCUAUACGAGUUGACCUGUCUUGGCAUUCCAAGCUCGCUGCCUGGCUGGAUAAAUGAUUGCCUGCACACGUGUGGGCAGCGGGUGUUGAUAAAUGGCUCGUCAUCAUCACCGGUCGGUGUUCUAUCUAGCGUACCACAUGGUUCCAUGCUCAAACCAUUACUGUUUCUUGUUUUUGUCAAUGACUUGCCCAAUGGUAUCCAGCCCAUCAUCAGGCUGUAUGCCAACAAUUGUGUAUUAUAUUGUAAAGCCACAUGCAGUAAUGGUGCAAGUAUUUUACAGUCCGAUCUUGACAAAACUGUGUCUUGGUGCAAUAAAUUGAUGAUGAGCCUAAAUACCUCAAAGUGCUAUGUGCAAUUCACACACACACAAAAAGAAAAGCUAGAUAGCUCAUACUUUCUUUUAAGGGGAAGCAGUGCAGAUGGUAUAUAAACUGAAAUAUUUUGGCGUCACACUGACUGCUGUAUUAGAUUACGCUGCACAUAUGAACGUAACUGCAAGCAAGGCUUGCCAUCUCCUCCACAAACAAGCUCCACAAACACUAAAGGAAAGAAUAUACAUGUAUUUUACAAAUAUUAGACCAAUAGUUGAAUAUGCCUGUGUGUCAUCGGACCUGUUCUCAAUAACUCUCAUCAAUACAUUACAAAGGGUACAAAAACGUGCUGCUAGAUUUGUAACCAGUAACUAUAAUUUUAACACUAGAAGUUCAGAGAUUUUCUGUAAUCUCGGAUGAAAGCCAUUGUAUUUGCAAAGGAACAUUCUACAAUUAAAAUUGUUACACCAAAUAUGCAAUGGCAGAACUAGCAUCAAUAAAGACCUGUAUUUAAAAUCACCUCUGUUGUAUGUCAGUAAGAAAAGAUAUGCUAAUAAGGUGAGGCCAUGCCAACGCUGCAUUAACAUUUUUAAAUCCUUUUUUUUUUCUUAAUACAACUAAAGACUACUAGAAUAAGCUGCCAAGUGAUCUUACUCAUUCACAGGAUUUUCUAAAUGUUGUUGAAAAUGCUUUCUGAAUAACUAUUUGUCAUGUGCCAAUUGUAUCCAAUUUGGUGGAUACAAUUUGGCGCUUAUAGUACGCAAAUCUGCAUGCAACGCAUGUUUCCUUUUAUGAGUGCUUCUUUAUAUUUAUUUACGAUUGUUUAAUGCUUAUUUCAUAUUUAUUCCUGUUGUUUGUAUUACUAUUUUAGCACUUUACCACAAUAUGCCAAUUUUAGGUUGUAACAAAAGCCCCCUUUAAUAA